AGCCAGAGAAACAGAAACACGGAGUGAAAGAGAAGUAAACUAGAGUAUCAGUUUUUGGUGAAGAUAACAGAGAAAGCUCCGAUCUUUGAACUUGUUGGCCAUCAAAUUGAAAAUCUGAAUCAGACCCGCAAUUCUAAACCCUUAAAGCUUUCACUUCCUCAAUCUUCUCGGAAGAUUUUGGUUUUUUUUCCCCAUCUCUCUGUGACCACACAAACAAACGAAAGGACUCUUCAAGUUUUUGCUCCUGCUGCUGCUGGAACCGUGUAAUGAAAUUAAGUGCCUUGUUAUCUUUCACUCUUUCUCUGUCUGUUUGGUUGCUUAGAAAGUGAAAAGAUAUUUCUUGAUGGAGGAUUCCAAAAGUUUUUUUCUAUUGUUUCGUUUCUAUGGUUUCUCGGCAAACAAACUGAGAAAAAUGGUUUUUUUCUUGUUGUGUUAGCUUUCUGAUUUUAUUGAUGCGUUAUUAUUUUUGUCUGUUUUGAAAUGCAGGUUAGUAGGAUAAAAUUUUGAGCAGUUUUCAUUGCAUUAACUAGAGAUCUCGAGAUAGAGGACGAGAGUAAUGGAGGAGGAAAAGAAGAGUGAAGCAGCUGGAGAUACAGAUUUUGUGUUGCAAUGGGGAAGUACAAAGAGGCUUAGAUGUGUGAAAAUGAAAAAAGCACAAAACUUGGGAAACAAAUCUAAACUAAAUGAUUCUUUGCCCAAGAAGAAACUCACUUCUCGUGCUGUCGCUACCGAGAAAAACUUUCCUUCUCGCCCCAUCAAGAAUUCUGAUUUGUUAUCGAACAAUAGGAAGUCAUCGGUGUUAUCACCGGAUAAGGAAGAUAGGUACUACACAACAAGGGGAUCAAUGGGAUUGGAUGAUAAUAGCAAGAUUUUAAUGGAUAGUGUCAAGGAAGAAAAGGUUGUUUGGCCUAGACUGUUCAUAGCACUGUCAAACAAAGAGAAGGAAGAGGAUUUCAUGGCUAUGAAAGGGUGCAAGCCUCCUCAAAGGCCUAAGAAAAGAGCCAAGUUGAUUCAACGAACCUUACUUUUGGUAAGUCCAGGUGCAUGGUUAUCAGAUUUGUGUCAAGAGAGGUAUGAAGUGAGGGAGAAGAAGACUUCCAAAAAGAGACCUAGAGGAUUGAAGGCAAUGGGAAGCAUGGAAAGUGACUCAGAAUGAGUGAUUUUGACCAUUGGUAGUUAGGAAAGACAACUAGAAAUAUAGAGUUCCCACUUCCCUCCUUUCUCUUUUCCUUUCUUUUUUCUUUUCCUUUCUUUUAUGAAAAGGAAAAAAGAAAGGAAAAGGAGGAGGGAACAGUAUUGGAGUCUUUUUCCACGUUGUUGUUUUUGUAGCAAGGGGCUUUCGCCAGCCUGAUAUUUGGAAAAUAAAAUAUUAUGUUUAUCUCA